AUGCCCCGUCUAUUGUUUCCAGCUCCACCGCCUCGCCCCUGUCUAAUCGACUCGGUGAGUCGGCCACCACUCUCCAAAGAUCGGUUCUUCCUUCCCCAGACCCGGAGGCGGCCAAGUCCGCGGCUUGGCGUGGCGGAGAUGACCAGGGUUCGGAGCGGCAGGGUUUUCAUGGAGAGUGACCCGAUUGUGGGAGGGGAGGCGCCGUCCCAUCCAAGGUGGGAAGCGAGCUGGUGGACGCCCGUGGAGGCUGCGCUGAAUCGGAUGAGUAAAUGGCUGGUGGCUGGUUCUUUUGCUUUUGCAGUUAUUUGGAAGCAUGAUGUUGAAAUUAUGUGGUUUUUGCUGGGUGCGGUUGGCAACUCUCUGCUUUCAAUGGUUCUUAAGAAGAUGCUAAACCAUGAAAGACCUGCACCAGCUUCGCGGUCUGAUCCUGGGAUGCCAUCGUCCCACGCACAGUCCAUAUUCUAUGCUGCGACCAUCCUAGCUCUUUCAUUGUACUAUUUGCUUGGGACAAAUUAUCUGACCAUGACUCUUGGUCCUGCAACUCUGGCGGUGGCCACCUAUCUGUCUUGGCUACGGGUGUCUCGGCGCCUUCAUACACUAAACCAGGUCACUGUGGGAGCUGUUGUAGGAUCUGCCUUCGGUGCUCUAUGGUUUGUGCUCUGGCAUUCGCUUGUGCAGGAGGCUUUUGCUUCUUCUCUGCUGGUCAGGAUUGCAGUCAUCGUUGGAUCAUCAGCAUUUUGUGUUAGCUUUGUUAUGUACAUGAUUCGUCACUGGCUAAAGGAUGAGUAA